CUGAAGUGAAAACUGAGACCAAGGUCUUGCUCUACUGGCACUUAUGAGAUCCACUCCUGGCAACAUGGAGAGAAUAGUCAUUUGCCUGAUGGUCAUCUUCUCUGGGACAGUGGCCCACAAGUCAAGCUUCCAAGGGCAAGAUCGCCUUUUUAUUAGACUGCGUCAACUAAUAGACAUUGUUGAUCAGCUGAAAAACUAUGUGAAUGACUUGGAUCCUGAAUUUCUGCCAGCUCCAGAAGAUGUAAAGAGACACUGUGAGCGGUCAGCUUUUUCAUGUUUUCAGAAGGUUCAACUAAAGUCAGCAAAUAAUGGAGACAACGAAAAGAUAAUCAACAUAUUAACUAAACAGCUGAAGAGGAAACUGCCUCCCACAAAUGCAGGGAGAAGACAGAAACAUGAACUAACAUGUCCUUCUUGUGAUUCUUAUGAGAAAAAACCACCCAAGGAAUACCUAGAAAGACUGAAAUCACUCAUCCAAAAGAUGAUUCAUCAGCAUCUGUCCUAGAACACAUGGGAUAUGAAGGUUCCUGAAGAUAUCACUUGAAGCCGGACACUAUAUUGCAUACUUUAACACAGCAGUGAAACUCACUUCUUGGUAUUCCAAGUGGACAAGUACAAUGUAUAAGUGAUGUGGGGAACACUCAGAUGAGUGUUCAAGGUCAGGAUUAUUUCUCCAAACUCACUAUGCAGUACUUCAGUUCGAUCU